AUGGUGGGCAUCAACGCUUCUGCCUUGACUGUGCGGGAUUGCUGGCUCACGGCCAUUUUGGGUGGCCAAAAGUCCUUGGAAGUUCGGAAAUACCCGACCAAGUUGAGGGGAAUCAUCGGUUUGAUCAAAGCCGGCGAUAGCCAGAUUUAUGGAACGGUGUCGAUAGUUUCUUGCCGGUGGUACACAUUUGAAGAGCUUAAAGGCCUUGAGAAAGCCCACCGUAUUCCCGAGGAGUCGCUGCAGACAUUUUGUGGGACCAGCGGCGCUUAUGCUUGGGAACUCCAAUGCCCGCGCCCCAUUCCGGGCAUUCGGAUUGCCCGCAAGCCUGGAUCGGUGAAUUGGGUGCGACUUGACAAGGGGGCAAAGAAGAAACUCGAAGAUGCUACUUCGAAACAACACCGUCGCAGAGUCAAGGGCAAGCAAGGUGAUGGGUGCUCGAUGCUUACCCCUGCCAAACGUACCUUCAAUGAAGAUCCUUCCUCACAAGUUCCUGGUCCUGAUCCCUUGCCACAAGUGGCAGACAGCCAAGCCUGUCCAGCUGAAAAGCUUGCUGUGGCUAUUGCGUCGCGCCGCCAGAUGCAGACUAGAAACCCCAGCGGCACUAGCGUUCCAAGCACGGAAUGUCAGGAGUGUCAUGUGCCGAAGAGCGGCCGACGCAUGUGGUAUGUUGAUCGUGUGACAGGGAAAGUCAUGGGCACCAGGUGCAUUUCAUGCAAAAGGCUUCGAUGGUUGGCGAGGAAAGCGCAAAGACGAUCUUCCGUGGUGUGCAGUGGCGUGGAUGUUGACUGA